AUGGCACCAGCAGCCACCGACCUCCUCGCGGCCUUUGUGCCCGGCACCAAAGCCUGGUUCCCCGACAAGGAGCUAGGCUGGAUCAGUGCAUCGCUCGCCAAACCCACCGCAAAGACGCCUUCGGGGGACAUUACGCUCGAAUUCACUCUCGACGACACGGGCGCAACAAAGACCGUCACCACCUCCGAGGCCAAGCUGGCCGCCAAGGACGGCGAGGACCAGCUGCCACCGCUGCGCAACCCGCCGCUCCUCGAGGCCACUGACGAUCUAACCAACCUCAGUUACCUCAACGAGCCCUCCGUCUUGCACACCAUCCUCAACAGAUACUCGCAGCGCAUCAUCUACACCUACUCAGGUAUCGUGCUCAUUGCAGUCAACCCUUUCUACGGUCUCAGCCUCUACAGCCCCGAGAUCAUCCAGGCCUACUCGGGCAGACGCAAAGGCGAGCUCGAACCGCAUCUCUUUGCCAUCGCAGAAGACGCCUACCGAUACAUGAUCCGCGAUGAGAAGGACCAAACCAUUGUUGUCAGUGGUGAGUCUGGUGCCGGUAAGACCGUCUCGGCCAAAUACAUCAUGCGCUACUUCGCCACCGUCGAGGAUCCAGACCGUCCAGGCAGUCGCAAGGCCGCAUCGGGAGGCAGCGGCAUGAGCGAGACCGAGCAACAGAUUCUCGCCACCAAUCCCAUCAUGGAAGCCUUUGGUAACGCCAAGACCACCCGCAACGACAACUCGUCUCGAUUCGGAAAGUACCUCGAAAUCCUCUUUGACAAGAGCCACGAGAUCGUCGGUGCCAAGAUGCGCACCUACCUGCUCGAACGCUCGCGUCUCGUCUACCAGCCAGAGUCGGAGCGCAACUACCACAUCUUCUACCAGUUGUGUGCCGGCGCGCCGUCGUCCGAAAUGAAGGACCUCGGUCUCCAGGACGCUUCCAAGUUCUUCUACCUCAACCAGGGCGGUGCCGGCAGCCAUAUUAUUAAUGGUGUCAACGACGCUGAGGACUUUAAGGCGACACAAAAGGCGCUCAGCACCGUCGGUCUUACCAUUGAACGUCAGUGGAGCAUCUUCCGUCUGCUUGCGGCGCUCUUGCAUCUCGGAAACGUCAACAUUACCGCUGCACGAAACGAUGCCGUUUUGGCCGACGACGAGCCCAGUCUCUUUAUGGCCACGCGCAUGCUCGGCAUCGACUCGUCCGAAUUCCGCAAGUGGACUGUCAAGAAGCAGCUCCAGACCCGAGGAGAAAAGGUGGUCUCCAACUUGACGCAGGCCCAGGCCAUCGUGGUUCGUGAUUCGGUCUCCAAAUACGUCUACACGUGCCUCUUUGACUGGCUCGUCGACCAGAUGAACCGAUCGCUGGCUCUUGGCUCCUCGAAAUCGCGCGAGUCCAUGAUCGGUGUGCUGGAUAUCUACGGUUUCGAGCGCUUUAAGGUCAACUCGUACGAGCAAUUCUGCAUCAACUACGCCAACGAGCGUCUCCAGCACGAGUUCAACCAUCACGUCUUCAAGCUCGAGCAGGAAGAAUACCUUCAGGAGCAGAUCUCGUGGACCUUUAUCGACUUUUCCGACAACCAGCCAUGCAUCGACAUGAUCGAGGGUAAGCUCGGCAUCCUCUCGCUGCUCGACGAAGAGUCGCGUCUUCCCUCGGGCUCAGACGAGUCGUUUGUGCAGAAGCUCUACACGCAGAUGGACCGUCGCCCUGAAUUUAAAAACGCCUUCAAGAAGCCGCGCUUUGGCACCACCGGCUUCACCGUCUGCCAUUACGCUCUCGACGUCGAGUACGCGAGCGCAGGUUUCGUCGAAAAGAACAAAGACACGGUCCCCGAUGAGCACCUCACCUUGCUUAACAAUACCACCAACCCCUUUCUCAAGGAGGUGCUUGACACGGCCGUCAAUCUGCACAAGCCCGAUGAGCCCAAUGAUGCCUCAGCCGACUCGGCCGCCGCCAAGCCGGGGCCCAGGAAACUUCCCGGUGCCAGCAUCAAGAAGCCCACGCUCGGCUCGCAGUUCAAGACGUCGCUCAUCAGCCUCAUGGCCACCAUCGACAGCACCAACGUCCACUAUAUUCGCUGCAUCAAGCCCAACGAGGCCAAAAAGGCGUGGGAGGUCGAGCCGCAAAACGUGCUCGGUCAGCUGCGAGCCUGCGGUGUGCUCGAAACCAUUCGCAUCAGCUGCGCCGGCUACCCCUCACGCUGGACGUUUGCCGACUUUGCCGAGCGAUACUACAUGCUCGUCUCUUCGGACCGCUGGAACAUGGCGGACAUGGACAAGGUCAAGGCGCUGGCCACGCACAUUCUGUCGACCACCAUCACCGAGAAGGACAAGUACCAAGUCGGUCUCACCAAGAUCUUCUUCCGAGCUGGUAUGCUGGCUCAGUUCGAGCAGAAGCGCACCGACCGCCUCAAUGCGGUUACCAUCAUCAUCCAGAAAAAUCUCAGACGCCACGUGCACCAGAAGAAAUACCAGGCGAUGCGAGUCAACGCGGUCAAGAUCCAGUCGUGGUGGCGAAUGCGCCUGGCUAUCAAGUACGUCGAGGACCUUCGACAGGCCACGGCUGCAACCAGGAUCCAGACCGUUGCCCGUGGCUUCUUGGCGCGCAAGCAGUUUCAGACCACUCGUCAGGCCGUCAUCAAGAUCCAGAGUGUCGUACGCGGCCGCGCCGUGCGUUCUACGUACAAGACGGCCAAGGUCGAGUUCUCAGCCACGCGACUUCAAGCCCUUCUGCGUGGUGCCAUGGCUCGCAGGCAAUACCGCAAGGAAAAGCAGGGCGUCAUCCACCUCCAGUCGUGCUACCGUCGUCGCCUCGCCAAGAAGGAGCUCGUUGCGCGACGAAACGAGGCCCGCUCCGUCUCGCACUUCAAAGAGGUCUCGUACAAGCUCGAGAACAAGGUGGUGGAGCUCACGCAGAACCUGCAGAAGCGCAUCAAGGACAACAAGGAGCUGUCGGCCAAGAUCAAGGCGCUCGAGGCACAAAUCCUCACAUGGCAGGGCAAGCACGAAGAAGUCGAAGGCAAGAAUCGCGCCUUGAGCGAGGAGCUUGCCAAACCCACCGUCGCCAGGGCCGAGUUUGAAGCGCUGUUGGCGGCCAAGAAGGAGCUCGACGCCAAGCAGGAGGCGUCCCUCAAGCGUAUCGCCGAGCAGGACAAGCGCAUCUCGGACCUCACUGCCGAGAUCGAGCGCCAGGCUGACGAGCUGCAGGCACGAUCCGAGGCGCUCAACGGUGCCACCAAGUCGUCCGAGGACGAUGUUGCCACGAUCAACUCGCUCCGAUCCGAGGUAGCCUCGUUGCGCGAGCAGCUCAACCGAGCCAACGCCCUUAACACGCUGCAGAAGAACUCGCAGCGCAUCGAGAAUGCCGCGCCGCCCGUGUUCAACAUGGCUACAGGCAAGGAAAACGGAUACGCGCCUGGUGGAAGCAAGCGCCGCCCUCGUCGUCACAGCGAGACCGGUCCGUGGAGCGACGCACCCGCUGGCCGCGACGAGCACGAGGAGGCCAUGAUGGCAGCCAAGCGAAGCGCUGCUACCGCCAAUCGCCACGUGUCGGUCGCCUUUGGUCUCGAAGGCCACCAGAUUCCCGGCUUUGGACAGCGCAAUGGUUACGACGACGAGUACGAUGAGGAUGACCCGUCCGAAGAGAUCAUCCGCAUCCUCGAGAACGAGGAGCAGCUCGACGAGGACGUGCUCAACGGACUCAUCCGCUACCUCAAGGUGCCCGCCCCGAGUCUGCAGAACCCGCCUUCGCCCAAGGAGGUGCUGUUCCCGGCUCACCUCAUCUCGCUCGUCACCAACGAGAUGUGGAAGUACGGUCUUGUGCGUGAAUCAGAGCGCUUCCUCGCCAACGUCAUGCAGACGAUUCAGCAGCACGUCAUGUCUUUCCAGGGCGAAGAGGCUAUCAUUCCCGGCAUCUUUUGGCUUUCGAACGUGCACGAGAUUCUGUCGUUUGUAUGCAUCGCCGAGAGCGACAUGCUGCAGGGUAUCGGCCCGGGCGUCGACGGCGCCGCACGGUCGUUCGAGUGGGGCGAUUACGAGCGCCUUGUCACGAUUGUCAAGCACGACCUCGACUCCCUCGAGUACAACAUCUACCACACGUGGAUGCAGGAGGCCAAGAAGCGUCUGCACAAGAUGGUGAUCCCGGCGUUGGUCGAAAGCCAGUCGUUGCCCGGCUUUGUGACGAGCGACCACUCGGGCCGUCUGUUCAACCGUCUGCUUUCGAACAACUCGACGCCGACGCACACGAUGGAUGACAUCCUGGGCAUCCUCAACAAGGUGUGGAAGAGUCUCAAGAGCUACUACGUGGAGCCGUCGGUGACGCAGCAGGUGGUGACGGAGCUGCUCAAGCUGAUCGGUGUGACGAGCUUCAACGACCUGCUGAUGCGCAGGAACUUUUGCUCAUGGAAGCGCGCGAUGCAGAUUCAAUACAACAUUACUCGUAUCGAAGAGUGGUGCAAGUCGCACGACAUGCCGGAAGGCACGUUGCAGCUCGAGCACCUCAUGCAGGCGACCAAGCUGCUGCAGCUCAAGAAAGCGACGCUGGGCGACAUUGACAUUAUCUACGAUGUCUGCUGGAUGCUGACCCCGACGCAGAUCCAGAAGCUCAUCUCGCACUACUAUGUGGCUGACUACGAGAACCCGAUCUCGCCAGAGAUUCUCAAGGCGGUGGCGUCGCGUGUGGUGCCCAACGACCGCAAUGACCACCUGCUGCUGCCGCCCGAGGUGGACGAGGCUGGGCCGUAUGAGCUGCCUUUGCCACGUGAGGUGACCGGCAUCGAGACGUACUGCCCUGCCUAUAUUUCGGUGCCUGCGAUUCGACGCCUAGCGAGUCGUGUUGCGUAG